AUGCCGCCCGGACCGCUUGCGGCGGGCCUCGCGACGCUCCUGCCCCACGAUGCAGGCGGCGACGAGCGCAAGACGAAGUGGAUGAAGCUCUUUGAGACGCAAGGUGUGGCCUUGGAAGGCGGUGGCGGCGCGCCGCCGCUGCGCGCCCUCGAAGGGACGAUUAGCGCGCUGAUGCUCGGCGGCGCACGGCCCCGGGCGCUGCAGAGUCUCUACCGCGACCUGGACGAUACGUCGAUGCACUCGGACGUGGAUACAGAGAAGGCAUAUAGGCGCAUCGCCACGCAGCUCAAGCGGUGCGUGGAAGAGCGCAUGGGGGCGCUCGCGCCGCCGGCCGCGAGCGACGCGGCGGCGUGCGGGGCGUGGGCGCUGGCGCUGCGUGACGUGUGGUGCGAGUGCGUCGAGCGAUUGGAGCGUGUUGUGCAGCUCGCGGAGCCGGUUCUGGGCAGCGCGUGGUACAAGCGCCACGCCGAGCACGACCUCGAGGCGCUGUGCUUUGAGCAUGUCAAGCAGCAGGUGCUCAAGGUGAUGCGCGCAGAAGACGUGCUGGUCCAGGGCAUUGUGCAGCUCGUGCAGGAUGCGCGUGAUGAGGACGAGGCACGGGCACAAGACCCCGCCGCGCCGGCCGCCAAGGGCCAAGACGCCGACGCGCUGCGCUUGCCUUCCUCGCCGCUCCCGUCGCUCCUCGCGCUGGCCGAGCGCAUGGGCAUCGGCCGCCGCCUCGGCAAUGCGCUUGCCGACCACGCGCUGCAGCACGCAGAAGGCCUCGCAGCGCUGUACACGGAUGCCAUCGGGCCGCUCCUGCCCCGCAUCGCCGCGUGCCUCGCGCGUGAGCGGCGCUGGGCCGCGUGGAUGUACGCCAUGUCCGACCAGGCGCACGUCCCGGCCAAGAUGCAGGCGAUCCUCGUGACGCAGCACGCCGACGCGCUUGUCGGCACGCUCCCGGCGCUGAUCGAGACGCAGGACACGGCGCGGAUGCUGCACCUCUAUACGCUAGUGCGCGAUGCGCGGCGCACGGCGCCGCUGCGUGCGGCGCUCGGCCAGUACGUCAAGGACAAGGGCAUGCGCCUCGUGCAAGGACCCGAAGACACGCUCAUCAGCGACCUCCUCGAGUUUCAGCACGAGAUGCAUGCAUUGCUGCACGAUGCAUUCGAGGGCGACGCGGAGCUCAAUCAUGCGAUCCGCGACAGCUUCGAAGUGUUUGUCAAUGCGCGCGACAGCAAGCCCGCCGAGCUGCUCGCGCGCUUUGCGGACGCCAAGCUGCGAGCGGGCAACAAGAUCAUGUCGGACGCCGAGCUCGAGGCGUGCAUGACGCAGGUCCUGGCGCUCUUCCGCUUCAUGCACGACAAGGACAUGUUUGAAGAGUUUUACAAACGCUACUUUGCCAAGCGCCUGCUCCUGUCGCGCUCCGCGUCCGACGACGCGGAGCGCAGCAUGCUGCUCAAGCUCAAAAGCGAGUGCGGCCCCGACUUUACCGCCAAGCUCGAAACGAUGCUCAAGGACAUGCAGCUCUCUGACGGGCUCAUGGCCGCGUACGCCGAGCGCGGCGCCGCGCUGCCGUUCGACUUUGAAGUGAGCGUGCUGACGCAGGCGCACUGGCCGACGUUCCCCGAGGCGCACGCGUCGCUCCCGCAGCCGAUGCUCGAUGCGAUGGACGGCUUUGCGUCGUUCUACAAGACGUGCCACUCGGGCCGCACGCUGCACUGGCGGCACAGCCUCGGGUUUUUGGUCGUCACGGCGGACCUCGGCAAGGCGGGCGUGCGCGAGCUGCACAUUAGCACCUUUCAAGCGGCGGUCCUCUUUGUGUUUAACGGCUGGACGCCGGGCGAGACGGUUUCCUAUGCAGACAUCAGUGCUAAGACUGGCCUUGAGGACAAGGAGCUGAAACGCACGCUGCAGAGCCUGGCGUGCGGCACAAUCCCCACGCGCGUCCUGCGCAAGCACCCGCAGGGCCGCGACGUGAGCGAUACCGACACCUUUUCGCUGAACGAGGCGCUGAAGAACGAGCGGCGGCGCAUCCGCAUCAACCAGAUCCAGCACAAGGAUACCAAGGAGGAGCAGCGCUCGACCGAAGAGCGCGUCUUUAUCGACCGCGAGCUCAUCCUCCAAGCCGCUGCGAUGCGCAUCCUCAAAGCGAAAAAGGUCAUCAAGCACGCCGAGCUCACCACCGAGGUCGUGCAGCAGAUCAAGAACCGCUUUGCGGUGGACGCGAGCGAGCUCAAGAAGGCGUUUGAGCGCCUGAUUGAAAAGGACUGGGUGUAUAUCGUUAUGUAG